AUGCUUGGCCUCGAUGGAACUAUGGACCUCGUAACUGAAGGAACAACCAAGCACGGGAUAGAGCGGCACUUGGGGUACGAGAUCGGUCUCGUGCGCAUCAGUUUGGGACUCGCCAGCGAUUUCCGAGAUGUGUAUCGGGUCAUACGAUUUGCGGGGAUGUUCGCUGGAGCGGGCAUCACUGGUCCGCUUUGGCAGGAUUGGUUGGAUACGAAGACAGAAGAGUUGGCGUGA